CUUACUUUGGACGGUUCUGGUUCAAGCAACAGCACGAGGAUCGCUUUCGUUCUGAGGUAAGUUGAUUGACGAGUAACGGCUUCCCCAGCUAGUACUACUUGUAGUGAAAGGCGUCUAUGUGAGUAUAUCGACUGAAGAUUACCGCAUCCACAAGUACAUGACCUACUAGUCGUAGCAUUACCAAAGAAGAUGCCGAAUACUAGUGAACGUUUUCUCUCCACUGCGCCUAUGAAGGGGCUACACUGCUCCUCAACCUCUUCGUCAGGCUCUCGUACGCGUGAAAUUAAGCGCAGAGCAGGGGUCGUGAAUAAAGGCAGUAUGGCACCGGUUUCUUCAUCAAAAAAGAAUCAUAAUCUACAAAUGAAGAUGUCAGUAGUGGCUCCGUCCACACCAUCUACAGCCACAUUUAAGGGUCCGCAGCUUCUUAGCGUUGGUGGAUCGACAUCGAGUGCGUCCUCGUCCAGUUCCAGCAGAAGUAGAGACUCCUCGCGAACACUAAAAAUAGGCAUACCAAAUGAAGGCGGUGGUGAUGUGUCGUCGCGUGCGAUCGAGAAUAAAGGAAAGGCGAAGUUGCGGCAGCAGCUGCAGACGGUAUUUGAGGGUAGUGCGCUUGCGGAGCGGCUUGCGCAAUCCGAUGAAAGGCAGGCCAUGAAAAAAGUCCAAGCCGCUGCGCCAAAUAAGUUAUGUGCGAGCUUACUUUCCAUAGUCGGGACUCGAAGUCGAAAGCCCAGAGAGAGAGCGGAACAAAAAAGGGGGGGCUUGGAAGAUGAAGAGGCUAUCGAAGCAAACAACGAGGCGGCGCGGGCGCGUCAGCCGGAGCGGACGCCGAAGAGAGGGCAGAGGGGGACAAGGGAGCUAAGCAGAAGGCGGGGCCUCGAUUGCGCCACGGCAUGCCCUAACCGCCCCGCGGCGCCGGAGAGCGCGGGGAUGGUAGUUUCGUGGAGUGCUCCGACCCUUUCGGACUCGUCGGCCCGUAUCUUUGGGGACUGCUCGCGGCAGCAGCACAGCGCUAGCAGUAUAGGCUUUCGGUGGGCCCGUUGUCUGCGGUAGCCGUAAAGGAAAAAGCUGGACGACGAUGGUAAGCGAGGACGCCGCGAGGAGGGGCGAGGCAAUGACAGAGAACGCGCAACCGUGGGCCGCAAACCUGUCAAAACUUCCAGCGCCGACGCUCGCGAGCUUUUUUGGUGGAGCCGCUAAAAGGGAGGCCCGGGAUGAAUCCCACAGAGGCGCCGGGCACAAGACCGCGAGACAGGCUCGGCCGGCGGGCUUGCUCGUCAUGCUCUGCUGGGCCAUUCGGUCAAGUACCACGUGAGGAACAAGGCGAGAGGCUACUAGAGACGAGGCAGAUACAUCCGGCGCUUAAUAAGAUUACGCGCCAGGCGGCUUGGUGACACCACCCAGGGCGCCAGCCACGCAGGGGGGUGCCUCUCUUGCUUCGCUAGAAUGUGGCGGGUGCCUCUGGUGGGGCGGGGCGGCUGUUCUUCGUGUCUCUCUUGGGUGAAGCUGUUGGCAGGGCUGGGGCGCAUCGGGGUAAAGGCUGACCAUGGGCAACGCGCUCGCUGAGGUGGCUCAUGCGCUUCGCGUUGUGUGCUUGAAUGGGCUGCGUCGCAAGGUACUGGCGGGGUGAGGAAACGCCCCGCGCCGGUGCGUGGGGAGCUGCCUCAUGAGUCUCCCUCGCCGUGGCAUUUCGUUGCCAGCCGGUAAAAAAACGGUGGGAGCGCUAAACGCUACCGCGCGGGGGUCCACCUUGGUGACUCAAAGCCAAGCGACUAGGGGCCGUCGCCACUUCUGGGCGGCGCCUUUGCUCGAGGCCUUCGAACAUUGGGGACGCAAACUCUGCGCGGAUUAUGGGCCGGCUGUGGUUGCUUCUGCGGGUCGCAUGCGUGAAGAGCUGCGGCAAAUCCAUCGCACAGAGCGAAAAAGCUGGAGCUGACGAGCAGCGACUCGCCUUUCGUCGAUGUCCAUGCUUCAACUACCCAUGACAGGCCAGCGCGUGGCUGGUCGCCGCAGGUCGAAAGAAUGGCGCGACUGGGCUACUGCGUUUCGAGUCUGUUCCACAAUGCGCCAAGCGUACUCGGCGCAUACAAAAGCAGGGCCGCCCAAGAAAUAGCAAGGAAGGCAACGAACGCAGCUGAGCUGAGCGCCAACCUGUUCGCAGGUGAAGGGGGCGAGGAAGUCUUGGCCAGCGGAUGCGCGAAGGGGUAGGGGUGCCGCGGGAUGCUGACGGGCUGCACCCGUGUGGUUUUUGUGCCGCGGCUUACUUGGUUUGCUUUGCGUCUGUGUCGUGGGCGCAGCUUGGGGGCGGGGGUGGCUUGUGUUAUGGUUGGUUCGAGUUCUAAACUCGGUCAGUGGUCUGGCGAACUCGGGAAGUGCUAUCUUUCUAGCUUCCAGCUCUCGUCGUUAUCUUAUCAGUUCGCCACAUUGCUCAUUUUGUAGAGAAAAACCAUGCUGCAAAAUUGCAAACUAUAACUAAGCGCAGCGCAUCAGCCGCGCUGGGUUGCUGUGUGUGGUUAGGUGAAGUGCUGGGAGGGUCGCUUGGUCGUUGUGUUUUGCUUCUGUCGGGUCGGGUAUGCGCCUGGCUGUGACUUUGUGGCCACGUUGUCUGCGUAAGUGUCGGACGUCAUCAGGGGCGCCGCCUUAUCGUAUCCAGUGCCAUUUUCUCGUUCUCACAUAAGUACUUACAUUUAGCCGCUUGGCCUGAGCCUCUUCAAAAAAAAUUUUGUUGCCCACGGCCUUUCAUCUUUACCCGAAGCAAGGAAGGGCCUCUUCGAUUCUAAUUUUGAAGACUUCCGCGAAAUCGGCUACGCGAUCUUUCUCGAGCUCCUCGUCUUCGACUACCAUGAAGAGAAUGAAAAAUACGAAGAGUCCGACACCGCGACCUAGAUCGAGAGCAAAGAGAAAAAGCAAUCUUGGUAGAAAUGUGCCGAAAGAAAAACCAGAAUCAAAAUCCAAAACAAUUAAGAAACUAGAGUCAAAAUCAAAAACUAUUCGUAGUACAAGUGCUCAUGGUCGUCUUGAUCACAAAACUAUGUCGGACAAAGAGGCGCCAGAGAAAGAGAACCCUAACGGCCACCGCGAUGACAUCAAGAAGCAGCAUCCUGAAAAGCCAUCUACUUCUUCAGCUUCAUCAUCAUCUUCAUUCUUGAGCAAAGGCCAUGUAAUGUUUGAUGAUAUCGCACUUGAUGAAGUAAUCCAGCAGGACGCGGAAAUGAUGGACGUGGAUGAUGAAGACGACGAUGAACUAAAGUUCUAUGACGAAGUCGAAGAAUCAGAUAUAGACGACGAUGACGAUGACGUCUACUGGACCUUGCCUCUUAUCCGGUGUCAAGAAUGUAAACGACUAGAGCAAAUGCAACGCGGCGAAGAUGUUGGCAUGUUAUGAUGCAGAAGGCUUUUUCUCAUCAAUUUCUCUGAAGUUGAAGAGUUGUAUCAACAAUGAAUAUUUUUCGAAAAUCCGACUUGGCGCAGUCUUUCCUGUCAGAAUACGACUCUUCAUCUUUGAGAUUACCCUGAGUUUCUGGAUAUUCUAAGGUCUACAUGCUUAUUUUCCUUUAGUCUUCUGUCUCUGAGCAGAGUCCUUUCCUCCUAAAAAUCCAUCAUGUACUUUGCAUAUCCUCAACAUAAGCCAUCUCCUACAACGAUGAAUCAGUUGUACUCUCAUAGUAUGACCCCGAUGACGACGCGGAGGAGUACUCCUGUUUUUUCUGUAGAUCCCCAGGCGAAAUGGACACAGGAGUUGUCCCCGUCGAUUUGGAUGACCUGUCAUCACCUAGCUCGCUUGAACGAUGCUUGGGGGAUGUUCCUGAUAUUGGUUGUAGAGAGGAGGAAGUAGGUGCUGGUGGACGGUUCAGGGCCUGGUAGCUGAUACAAUUUGGCUGUUGGCUCACUCCUCGUGUAAGCUGCAGAUGGGGACUUUGUUGGCCCUCGUCGUAGUUCUAAUUGAGUUGUAGUUCUGCUUCUGUGGUAGAUGCCACUGUAAUAUUGUAACUGAUGGCACUGGCAGCAGACCACAAGUCAUCUUCAGCACUGAAGAUAUCGCGGAGGAGAUACUUGCACAAUGAGCAAGGGUCCUGCUUGGGAGAAGUAAACACGUGUGAGUGUGAAGUGUGGAUAUUCAAUGGGAAGAGGAUUUUGAGCAUGCUCGCCGCGAUGGAGGAUAGUGGCCACUGCACGCGACUCGAAUUGAGCGCCUCAUGUUCCUUUCUUAGUGUGAAGCUGAACCUGAAGACGCUUUUGUCCCAUGCUAUAAGACAACAAAGCAAAGUGUUUCACGCGAGACUUCGCUUAAUCAUGAGGUCAUCUACUUAGGACCUUCUUUUUCAAGAGAUGAACCAACAAGAUCACAC